UCUCCGGUAACAGGGGUUAAUCGAGCGGUCCAGCAGCCCGUGGGCGUCAGGAAAAAGGACGGUUCCCUCAGGUGCUGCGUGGAUCUCACCAUCAAGGAUUCAUACCCACUCCCACGGAUCGACGACACGCUCGACGCUUUGGUGGGCUCCAAGUGGUUUUCAACACUGGAUAUGAAGUCUGGGUAUCACCAAGUCAAAAUGACGGAGCAGGACAAAGAGAAAACAGCCUUCUCCUACGGUCAAGGCCUGUGGCAGUUUAAGGUUAUGCCGUUUGGCCUCUGCAACGCGCCGGCCACGUUCGAGCGGCUGAUGGAGAGGGUGCAGGAGGGACUUCACUGGAAGACGGCACUCAUCUACCUCGACGACGUGAUUGUCUUUAGCCAGACCUUCGAGCAGGAGAUGGAAAGGCUAUCAGAGGUUUUCGCCCGGUUUAGAGCUGCACACCUUAAGCUCAGCCCGAAGAAAUGCUGCCUAUUCCAAAGGGAGGUCCAAUACUUGGGACACAUCGUGAGCAAGGCUGGAGUACGCACUGAUCCUGAGAAGGUGGCUGCGGUAAGGGACUGGCCGACACCCACCAACGUGAAGGAGCUGCGGAGCUUCCUCGGGUUGUGCUCAUACUACCGCAGGUUUGUAAAAGGCUUCACUACGAUUUCUGCACCACUGCACCUCCUGACGAAGAAGGGGCGCAAGUUUGAGUGGACAGCGGAAACUCAGGUUGCCUUUGAGAAGCUCAAGGAGGCCCUCAUCAGCUCGCCCGUACUCACCUACCCAGACCCCUCUAAGCCUUUUAUACUGGAUUGUGAUGCCAGUGAUGAGGGGAUUCGUGGAGUGCUGUCCCAGGCAUGUGCCGACAUGGAACGGGUUGUGGCCUACUUCAGCAAGAAGCUCACCCCAGCCGAGAAAACUAUUGCGUGACCCGGAAAGAACUCCUGGCAGUAGUCAAGAGCCUUGACUUUUUCCAUGCUUACCUGUACGGCGCAACUUUCACCAUUCGCACGGAUCACGCUGCAUUGCGGUGGUUGAAGUCACUGAAAAACCCUGAGGGCCAGCUUGCUCGUUGGAUAGGUAAACUAGAGCAGCAUUACUACACUAUUGUGCACCGAUCUGGGCUAACACACGGUAACGCGGACAGCUUGAGCCGGCGCCCCUGCCUACCUGAGUGUCAACAUUGCCUCCAGAGGGAAAGCGUCCAGAAUAUGUGCCGCCGCACUACAGUGGAACAGACAGCGGAAGUGCCAUGGGAAGACUUGAGAAAACUGCAGCAGGAGGACCGAGAUCUGAGACCAAUUAUGGAGUGGCUGAGUCAAUCGUCAACGCGACCUGGGUGGGAAGUAAUCUCGAGAGAAAGCCCUACCACCAAGAAUUACUGGACUCAGUGGGACACUCUUCGGAUGGACAACGGGGUGUUGCAGCGACGCUGGGUCUCUCAUGAUGGUCUUGACCACUACUGGUCCACGAUGCUACCUAUGAAGUCCCGGGAAGGCGUCCUGAAAGAAAUGCACGACAGCAUCGCCAGCGGACACCUUGGGGUAAAGAAGACACUGAGUCGCCUGCGCCAAAGGUUCUACUGGGUUGGCAUGAGGAAGGACGUUGAAGAAUGGUGUCACGCGUGUGAGGUGUGCUGUGCAAAGAAGGGCCCCAAGAAGCGUCACCGUGCCCCAUUGCACCUAUACCAGGUUGGAGCCCCCAUGGAACGGGUGGCAGUGGAUAUAGCAGGACCCUUGCCUCUGACGACGAACGGAAAUAGGUACAUCUGCGUCACAAUGGAUUACUUCACCAAGUGGCCGGAAGCCUACGCCAUCCCUGACCAGGAAGCCACUACCAUCGCUAAGGUAUUGGUGGUGGAGUUCUGUCGCUUCGGUGUGCCUAACGAGCUCCAUUCCGACCAGGGAAGGAAUUUUGAGUCAACAGUCCUUGCUGAGUGCUGCAAGCUCCUGGGUAUCAAGAAGACCCGGACCACCCCUCUGCACCCACAGUCAGAUGGAAUGGUGGAGAGGUUUAAUUGGACGUUGGGCCAGGAGUUGGCCAAGCAGUGCAACAAUGAUCAGUCUUCAUGGGAUCAGAAGCUGCCUGCGCUCCUCAUGGCCUACAGGUCUGCCGCCCACGAGACUACGGGGUAUUCACCGGCAAAGCUGAUGUUUGGACGUGAGCUGCGAUUGCCGGUGGACCUACUGACAGGAAGGCCUCCAGGGGAAAGCCUUCCAAGGGACGCCUCCAGUUUUGCCCGUCAACUAUAGGAACGGCUGGAAGAGGUGCACCAUCAAGUCCGUGGUGCCUUGAAGUUCUCCGGGGAGGCCAUGAAGCGCGGUUACAAUAUGAGGGCAAGCCACGUUGACUUCAAGGAAGGAGACCAAGUCUGGCUUUACAACCCGCAGAGUAAGAAAGGACAGUCUCCGAAGUUACAGAGCCCCUGGGAAGGCCCUUAUACUGUGCUAGAACGCCUCUCCGACGUGACUUACCGAAUCCGGAGAACGGAAAGGACCAAGCCGAAAGUUGUCCACGUCAACCGGCUAUGGAGGUACCACGGUCCGGGAAACUACACCUGGAACAACUACAGACACCCAGCAGCCGACGAAAACGCAAGGGACGUCCAGGACCGAGAGGAGGUCGACGACGACAUAGGUCUUCUGGCCCUUUCAGCCGAGGGAGAUAACCUCCCGGCUUCGGCAGAUGCUCCAGGGACACCCCAAGAGGCGGACGACGACGAGGCGCACCAGGAGACAGAAGCGCAGGAGGCACCGAGCAGAAGACCGAGACAACGCAAACGUCCACAGCGAUACGACGAUUAAUAUGUUUUCGAUUAAUUUUCUUAUGUUUGUAUAUAGUUAAGUGUGUGAUCGGGACGAUCACAAUUAAGAGGAGGGGAUAGUGUUGUGCUGGAAGCUUCCCCCGGCGUCCAUGGGCCUCUAGAAGGCUCCGAGAGGAGCGAGCAGGGGGGCGGGGAGCAAGGCGAGCCGUCCGCGCCCCGCGGGGCAAGCGGCCAGGCGCCAGGCGGGAAGUGUUGCCAACUCGCACAUAUUUUUGCUACCUGUUUUUGUAUGAUCUAAAAUAUACUGUAACGUUCUAGACUGUACUGUUCUGGAUAUAUAUAGGAGAAGAGGGCGAGAGGGGACAGUCCCAGUCAUAGUAAGCUAGUGGUAAGUGAAGAGUCAGAGUGAAGUGUACUACUAAGGAAGAACAUUAAACUACAGAAGCUGUGCAAAGUGUUUACAUAUCUCCCUCCCACGGAGUCUCCUGACGGCGACACGGAACCCAAGUAACACGUCCGGCAUAACAGUACCAUCAAACAGGCGACAAGGUGUGCAAAACAUUGCUCCAGUUUUCUUUGAAUAUGUCAGCCAGAUCCUGUGACUGACUUCACCAUUCUUCAGUUCCCGAUAAAAAAUGAUUUGGACAUAUAUCUUGUCUGAUCACUAUAUUUUCGUGCUGAUGGUGCAAAAUCUGCUUCAGCAUUCUGAGGAAUUCCGUUGAAAGCAAUAUGAUCUAAUAAUUCAUUGUUUAUUUCCUAUUCAGCUGGAUCAUCAGAUAUUAGACUUUUUUUUAAGGAUACCUCUUUCACCUUUUUCUCACUGUUUUGCUCGGCACCACAUUCAUCAGAUUCAAAUUCAUCUUUUGUUUCUACUAUAUCCUCUGAAUCGAGUUUCCUUGGGCUUGAUGGGCUUACACUGAUUAGCAGUGGACUGACAAGGAGCGAGGAAAGUAUCUAACUUUGGUGUACUGGCUAAUUGCAGGGUCCAGAGAAAGAAAGGGUCAAGUCACGCGCAGCUUGGAACCGAUGGGGGGGGGCAACUGUGGCUUUGACGUCACGAGGUGCCGUGGCUAACACCCCUCCCCCUCCCUCGGGUUUCUCUCUCUCUCUCUCUCUCUCUCUCUCUCUCUCUCUCUCUCUCUCUCUCUCUUGCAGCAUAUUACCACACUAACAAUGUAAGUAAUCCAGCGAUUGCAACUGUUGCACCCAACAAAAACACAAUGAGGCAUUACUAAACGCUGUGGGCGGCCUGAACCAUUGCCGUCUCGAUUAAAGAGAAGGCCUGACAGGCGACAGGUUGCUGGAUUCUUUGCCGAUGAGUCAUCCAAGUAAAGGCGUGUGUGUCCCGCGCUUCUUAUGUCCUCCUUCUCAACACCUCUAUACUUUACACCAUGCACUUAGUCACUUCACAGUACGCACUUAAUCCUUUCUCCCUGAACCAAGGUGUUUUUCUGUUCUUUUCUUCUCCUGACUGCUUUUCUAUGCCCUUUUGUUAAUAAUGUCCACUAUAACAGGGUUGUAGCAGUCCCACCCUCACUCGUAUUUGCCAGAUAAGUAAUAAGUAAUAAGUAAUAAGUAAUAACACUGCGCUAUUCACAUUAUCACUGACAAAAACACGAUAAGAUACCUCUUAGUUUAAAGUUGCUUUAACCCACCGACCCCCACCGAGUAGCUAACCGCAGAAAAUCUACUGUAGCCUCACGAUAGAUAACGUAGAUAAAUUACUGUAUAUUUACGCUAGAAUCAGUUCAGAGGAGGAUGACCAAGAUGAUUCAGGGGGGGGGGGGGGGAUUCUGGAGCUGCCCUGUGUAGGCCACUCGGCCGCUUGCAGUUUCCCCAUGUUCUAUCAUCGUCAGUUAUAGUUAUCAACUUACCGAAGUUACCGUGUUGAGAUAGCAACAUGCAUGCGUGGUGCAGACCGUGCAGUGGUAGGACACUCGGCUCUCAACCGAGAGAGUCCGGGUUCGAUUCCUGGGCCGAGUGGAAAAAAAUUGGGUAGUUUUUCCGAUACCCCACGCCCCUGUCCACCCAGCAGUGAAUGGGUACCAGGUAUUAAUCGGGGUUUGUGUCCCGUCUCCUGGGCUCCUAGCCUCUGGCUAGCUCAGUGGUAGUAUGGGUGCCUGCCAUUCUGGUACAAACGUGUAAUCGAAUCCUGCUCAGACCGAUAAAAUAUCACUGAAGGCCAGAGGUUACCGCCCCUGUGAGCAGGGGGUGGGGGGUUUGAGUCAGCCAAUGCGACCUUCCUGCGUCAGCAGCCAUAGCCAAGGCUGACUCGGGUCUCACGAGGGUGAAGGGGGGCCCUUGGUUACCCCCCCAUGUAUGUGGUGGGUGUUAUAGUGUGCAUUCAGGUAUUAAUACUGUCUGUGCACUGUCCCUUCGCUCUGUCACUCAUUAGCGACCUUUAAACCUUAAAAUACGACAAACCUAACUCACCACACUGCCAUUUGUGUAGGACAACACGCCAACAGCUGUUGCUGCUAGUGGCGCCACCAAAACAGUAGUGGCAGGUUGGUAUGGUGCGACCAGGGAAAGUUGAAAAUAAGAAAAUACCAAAUUAUGUAAUUAUGUAACAAUUUUCAUAAACUGCCUUCCCUAGGCUUUAGCCUAGAAAGCCUAAAUGGGAAAUCCGGCCCUGCUUGCCCGUCGCCGUAGGUGACGUAGCGACACCAUCCACUGGAUAGGGCGAUGCGGGAGAAAGGUAGCUAACAAUCCCAGCAUUGAGUUAAAAGGCGUCGACGAGGAGUCCCGGAUGGAAGGGCCCAGAAGCCACAAGCUAGGUGGUGACGCGGCAGUGUGGCGGUGUCGUGACGUCCGAGAUGGAAGGGCCCAGAUGCCACAAGCUAGUUGUGACACGGCAGCGAAGCGGGGCCGUGAAGUCCGCGUGACGUCCAAGAAGUGGGGCCCAGGUGCCACAAUUAAGGUGGCAGCGUGGUGGGGCCGUGAGCAUGACGUCCAGGACGGAGGCGAGCGAUGACGGGGGCAGCAGACUGGCAGGGCUCGUGUCAGCAGCAAUCUCGUAUGGCGGUGAGAGCUGGAUGGUAAGCCGGGGUAAAGGUGUUGGUGUUCGUCCGAGUCCCAGUGUAGUAUGGCUCCCACCUCCGCGUUGGCCAUCCACAUCGCGUUCCUUCGAGCCUUGGAGAGAUGGAACAGGAGGAUCCGAAGCGCGUUCCUUCGACCCUUGGAGAGGUGGAGCAGGGGCCGAAGUGCCGCUUACUGGGUGCCUUAUUGUGUAUUUACCUAGUUGUGAAAUACAGGAAAAGAGCCGUACUAGGCUCGUGCUGUCCCGUCUCCAUAACGCUUAUUAUCCAGUUUGGCUUUAAAUUCAUGAAUCGUUUUUGCACACAGUCUCCUCGUCAAGUCCGUUCCAUGUUGUUAUGCUUCUGUAUGGAAAACUGUAUUUCUUGAUGUCUCUCCUAUACAGUCGCUCUUCUUCAAUUUCUUACCAUUGCCUCUUGUCACACUUCUGUCACGUAUACCAGGGGAAAUCUGGCGAGGGUAACUGUGGCAACCCGGAAGCUACACUGAUCCUGUGUCCCGGGGUAAAGGGUUCUUACUAGAGAUGUGCCGAUACCACGAUGUUGACCGAUACCGAUACUAACCUUACAACCGAUACCGAUACCGAUACUUACUUUUCUGCCGAUAAAGAUACCGAUAGUAUGAUCCGAUACUCCGACACUAAAAAAUGGCAGAUAUUUUGCCGAUACCGAUACCGAUACUUUUUUAUUUUAUAUCCGUAAGAUUAUUAAAGUAUAGAAUUACAAAAAGUACAAAAUUAAAAGUAAGGGACUUUUGGAAUAACUUUAAUUCAAUGUUUUGAAAGCUGAUAGUAAAAAGAAAAAAAAAGAAAGUCAUGUUUGUCUUCAAUCCCAUAACAUAUUAGCCAGAAAAAUAUCGGAGUAUCGGCACAUUUUCACCUUGCCGGUACCGAUACCGAUACUACAAAUAUAGAACGAUACUGCCAAUACCGGUACCGACACUAUCGUAACAUCUCUAGUUCUUACCCACCGCAGGAUAAAAAAAAAAAAUAAAAAAAAAAUGCGACGGAGAUUAUCACCGAGACUACGCGCAGCAAUAGAGUAUGCCCCGACUUUACCUUCACAUGGGAAAGGAGUAACGGUUUCUGUGGUUAAUGUCAAUUUCUUUUUAUCUAGACCUUAUCCCGCCUCAUUGUUGUGGUCACCAUAUACUUAGAGAUAAGGAUUCUUUGUUGGAGGAUUCUUUUGUUUCCCCAGCUAAAUAUGAUUAUUGUAGUUCUCAUUACGCAAGUAUCAGAUUGGACUCAGGACGCUUCGCUGCGCCCACCACAUUUGUACGCAGAGGGCCGUCACGUACACACUCGAUCAUCUGUGAGCUUCGAGAGCGCAUAUGUGAACAACUGUGCUCACCAAGAUUACUCCAGCAGUAGUGUCAGCGAUGGCCCGGGGAGAGGAGUGUUGGGACGGAGACGCCAGGAACGCAAGGAGACAUGCAGAAUAUGAACAACCAAGUGAAGAAAUUUACCCCACAAUACCAUCAAGUGAGAAGGCCUCCCUCCUCCAGUACAGCGGCGAGGACAAGGAAGUUCAGCGUCGAGACUCUCCUCUUUUUAUAAAAACUUACAAGACAAGAUUUUGGAUUGUUUUCAGCACUUCAUUCCUAUGCUGGCUUCAUGUGAGUUACUGUUUCAGUAUUUUUUGUUUUUACUUUGCACAUAUGUUGGUUUUAUGAUAAAUUACAUUAUUAGUUUGCUUUUAUUUAAAGUAGCAUCAUGCAUCUACUUUUCAUGGUUAUUCUGAUCUCCCUGUGCCUCUAAAGUUUCCAAGUGGGGUUAAAUUUAAUGUCAUUGGGGUUUAUAAGUAAACAGAGAGGUGAUAAGCAGAAUAAAAGCUUUUACAUCAUUCAUAUCCAGAAACAACAUCAGUAUGACGUGUACAAGCAUGUAUGGUCUAUUCUGUCAAUGGAAAGCAAAACGUUCAGAGGUCUUCGUCUUGGUUUGGGAUUUGGUUAGAUUAUCUAAUCCAACCUGAUCUAAUUUCAAACCAAGACCAAGCCCUGGACCAAGAGUUUCGUUCACCUAUUAGAAGAGAAAAAACAACAACAACCUACAAUCGGCCCUUGACCGACAAACAAAAUAUGUAUAAAGGGGUUGACGCUCGUGGAAAGGAGUUCUAUAGUCGAUUCCACGAUAGCUGGCGGGCCUAAUCCUUCAAGGAUGGACUCGCGGACUUGGCAUCAUUGGUUACGUGAUGGGCUCUGCACCGUGACAUAGGGCCGCUUUCACAGUCGUUUUGUUUGUUUUGAUCGUUACCAAUGGCGGCGAUCGCCGCUAGUGUUUCCACGUAAAGCUGGCCGAUGGGGUAGUGGCGGCUGCGGGGUUAGCCUAGCCCCGCAGCUUACCACACACUCUCGACACCUCUCGUUUCCUCUGCACCCUCCACUACCCCAUAGGCCAGUUUCACGUGGAAAACUACAGCGUCGAUCGCCGCCAUUGGUAACGAUCAAAGCAAACAAAAUGACUGUGAAAACGGCCCAGAGCCUACUAUCUCUGGUUUACUGCUACCUCUUAAAAUCAAUACUUGGUAUCUAAUGUAGUUAUUCUUAUAAUCGCUCUUCCUUAUGGCUAUUAAUUAGUUUAUUACCCACAAAUAAUGGAAAUAUAUUUCAAGAUUAAUGAUAGCACAAUAAAAGAAGAGAGAAGGCUAUUACCUCGGGCCAAUGUUUAUGUUAUAACUACGUAGCAUCACUGCACACUAUCACUAAGCCAGGACUAAAAAUAUACCAAGAAAUCUUACAAUAAAUGAGUUAACGAAUGACGCUAUGUAGACUAGGAUGACCAACCAUUCCUUAAAAUACGGAGUAGUUCCGUAUUGGAGAAUGAUAUGAUGCGUUCCGUUUUGAACCAAUACGGAACGCCAUUUGUUCCGUUGUGGUGAAAUAUUUCGAGUCUUUGACCGAUCUGAAAAGAGUGACCGACCCAGGGCCCGGAUCCAAAGAGAAGGCUACUUACCGACAUCGGUAUCGUUACCGAGCGUUGGCCCGGACGACAUUGCUAAAUUCAGAUCCAAAGAGGAGACUUAACGAUAUUGCUCGGGCUUCGCUACUGCAGAAAGCCAACUGAUUCGGUAAGCGCCACGAUGUCAUCAGACUCGACAGCCAAUCACAGCAAGUCUUUGAAAAAAUUUCAGCCAAUCAUACGGCUGCAUUCCUCAGCUGUGGCGGCCAACGUUGUCAGAUUGUCGUUAGGGAUGGGCAAGUAUCGUUAAUUUGAGUACCGGUAGUACCGGUACCGAAAACUCAGGUACCGUUAGUGCCGGUACCGGUAUCCGAAGGAGUAUUUUUUUUUUUUAUCUCUAUGACUUCUGAUGAAAUUCCCAAAUGAAUUUCCUGUAAAGAAAACUCUCUCUCUCUCUCUCUCUCUCUCUCUCUCUCUCUCUCUCUCUGAAUGAAGUGAAUAUUUAUUUUUUCGAUAAAAAAAUAGCAUGUAUAUAUUAAGUUAUUAUGGAUGUACUCGAUAAUAGUCUAAUAACAAUAACAAUAUUUAUUAGCAACCUAAAAAAGAAAAAGAAUCGGACAUGAAGAAUUAUCCAGUAACUCCAAUAAAUAAAUAAAAUAAUAAAAUAAUGGAAACGGGAGCUGUGAUGGAAACGGAAAGCAGGACAAAAUGGUGGGAACUUGGGGGGACGGUCAGCGAGGCAGACUCAGCGUCUCCAUACAGGGCCCAUACCGCGUGAUACCACAUUGAGGCGGGCGGGCGAGCACCGAGCGUCACUAAGAUCCAAACGGUACCGGUACUAGCGGCAAUGCGCAGUGCCGAGUGAUCAUGACGCUUCCCGGCACCCAAGUGAUCAUGAGGCUUCGCGGUACCGGUACCUGGUACCGCGAAGCGACGAGUGCUGGCGUUC